UCCGUCCAGCAGAACCUGUGCGGCACAGCUGGGACCCUGCACCGUGGCAUAAUGGAUCUGUCCUGGGCCACGCAAGAGAGUGAGGCGGUGGCAGAGAAGGUGCUCCGGUACCGGCGGGACGCGUCGGGCUGGAAGAAGUGCCGGGAAGGCAAUGGAGUUUCAAUUUCCUGGAGGCCAUCUGAGGAGUUUCCAGGGAAUCUGUACCGGGGAGAAGGGAUUCUGUGUGGGACACCGGAAGAGGUGUGGGAUUGUGUAAAGCCAGUUGCCGGGGGCCUUCGGGAGAAGUGGGAUGACAAUGUGAACAGCUUUGAAAUUGUCCAAAGCAUCACGGAUACGCUGUGUGUGAGCAGAACCUCCACGCCCUCAGCUGCCAUGAAGCUGAUUUCGCCCAGGGACUUUGUGGACUUGGUGCUAGUGAAAAAGUAUGAGGAUGGCACCAUCAGUUCCAAUGCUACCCACGUGGAGCAUCCAUUGUGUCCGCCAAAGCCCGGUUUUGUGAGAGGAUUUAACCAUCCAUGUGGGUGCUUCUGUGAACCACUGCCAGGGGAGCCCAACAAAACCCACCUGGUCACAUUCUUCCAGACAGACCUGAAUGGCUACCUUCCUCAGAGUGUGGUGGACUCCUUCUUCCCUCGCAGCAUGGCUGAGUUUUACCCCAACCUUCAGAAGGCCGUGAGGAAGUUCCAUCACUGACAGUCACCUAUUGGCAUGGAAUGCCGAUGGUCCUUCAGGAACUCCAGCUGUUAAGCCUCAAAGAAUACGGAAGAACUGCUGUGGCCUUUGAGAUGCCAUAGUAAACAGCAAAUCUCAGGGUACCCUUUUGGAAGAGCAGCCCAUCGCCCCACUCCACCCUCCUUCCUCUUGGGCUUGGUGUGGAUGGACCUGUCCAUCAGCUUGGUGUGGUGUUCACAAAUACCUGACAGGCCAGGGAAGGUCCUGCUGUGGCCGCCUGAGAGAUGGCUCAAGUACUCUGUGAUUCCUUGUGGCCCAGAGCCCUGUGUGCUGGCUGCUAUCAGACACCUUGCCCCUGUGCUGGUCUUAAAGAAUCAUUAUCCAUCGUGGUCACUACGUCCUGCUUCCUCUGGCAUCUGGAGUUCCCAGAUUCCUCUGUCCCUUUCCUGAUAUGCUUUUGUAUACACAUUUUUAGCACGAGACUUUCCCCCUUUACAAAGGUGUCAACUUGAAAAAUGUUUUAAACCACA